AUGCCUCCACUAUGCAUGGACACCGUGAAGAAGAAUGUAAUGUGGAAACUGGAGGACAACAUAAAUCAAGAGGGCGUUUCCCUGGAAAGCCUCCCACACCAGCUGCGGAUUUGCGGGGGGAAUGUCCUGGUCGUCGUCCCUGGUCAUGAGCCGAUCUGCCUCCGGUGCCACCGAGCGGGGCACAUACGCCGAGACUGCAGGGUGCCCCGGUGUAACCAGUGCCAGGCCUUCGGACACGAGGCCUCGUCGUGCGUGAAGACGUACGCCCGCGUCCCUGGCAACAACAUCGCCGUGGCGUCGGACGACACAGAGUGCAUUGACGUGUUCGAGGCCGAGAGAGCAGCAACAGCGACGACGCCGACAGACCAGCAAACCCAGGGCGAGCCCGCAGAGAACGGAGGAGUCUGUGAUGAGGCGAAACCAAGACCUUCGCCCGGGGCAUCAAAAGACAAGGCGGCCCCCGAGGUAGUCGAAGAACUCGGGUCCGAAAAGGUGACAGACUUUCCAGACGUCCCAGCGGCAACCGCCGUGCCGGGGAACGAUGACGGCAAGAACCGUGUCGACGAAGGCGUCGGGACGAAAGUUUAUGACGAAGUCAAGGUCAAGGGUGACGACGGCGGCAAGUCCGAGGAGGGCGAAGGUGGCGUUGACGGCAGGCUCAGGGACGCAGAGACCGGAGCGGCGAGGCGACGACACGAAGGCGUAAGCUCCAAGGUCGCCGACAGGGAACUGCGACGCCUCGAGCGCGAGUGGGUUGGCAACGGGGGACUUAACCGUGAACGGUCGAGGUCUCGCCAGCGCAGGGAGGAGCAAUUAUCCGGAACGGAAGAGCAAUACACGGAGAAGGAGCAGCUGCUGCAGGAGGUUGCCGACCUGGCACAUGAAUUUGGCUACAAGGUGAAGUCAGUGCCCAGGAAGACCACAGCUACCGAGGAAGGUGCCAACACAACCUCCACAUCUACGCUGGAGCCGCCGGAACGUGCCACAGCCACCACAGCCCGGCCGGCGAAAAAUCGGGCUGCUCGCGAUGCUGUCACUACUGCGUGA